CGUAGAGAAAGAGAGGCAAGAUGGUUGAAAUCAGAUGGAUUAAAAUGACUUUAUUUGUGAUACUUCUGCUGCUUCAAUAUAGAUAUCUCAACAUCCGUAACUGUUGAGAUAUCUAUAUUGAUAUAUAAAUAGAUUAAGAGAGACAUAGACAUUAAGAGAGAUGAAAAGCUGAUCUGUCUGCAUGAAUGUAGGAAAAGAUUCAAAGUCAUGGUGAGGAAGUGACUCUUUACUAAUAAGAGGAAGUAAAUGCUGUGUCUCUCUUAAAGAGAAGCACUCGGUCAGAAGCUUUGACAGUUGAAGGCGUGAAAACAAGAGACAGAGAAAGAGAGGCACGAUGGUUGAAAUCAGAUGGAUUAAAAUGACUUUAUUUGUGAUACUGCUGCUGCUUCAGUUCACAGCAGCAAGAGGACAAACCCUCCCCUCUGUCACCACAAGAGCUGGAGAUGAAGUCACUUUGUCUUGUAACAAUGUGAUAAAAAAUCAAGACAAAUGUAAAAGUACUACUUGGCUUAACAGUCGUUCUCCUCGUGUAACAGAGGAGCUGGUUAUUCUUGGGAGGAUUAAUGUCAAUAUGAAUUCCAAAGCUAAAUCCAGUAGACUGAGAAUGACGUCAAACUGUUCUCUGGUUAUAAGAAAUGUCACAGCUGAAGAUGUUGGUGUUUAUACCUGCAGACAGUAUAUAUCAGACAAACAACAAGGUCCAGAUGCUCGGGUGUUUCUGUCUGUGAUUUACAUGGAGGGAACAAAUACCACUGAUACAGUCUCCUUGUUCUGCACCGUGUUGACAUACGAUCAGUGUGAACACACAGUAGAGUGGCUGUAUGAGGGUGAUAAGAGUGACUUGGAGACAUCACAGCGUAACUGUUCAGAAACUGUGACAUUUCCAACUACUCAUCUUAAUCAGAAGUUUAACUUUUAUGAGUUACUGAAGUGUAAGGUGACAGAUAAAAAGAGUGGAGAAACCCUGCUGUGUAAAGUCGGCCCCCAGUCCUCAUGUGAGAAAACAGGAAGCACAUCAGUGGGGAGAAACAAUACAUCAUCUGCAAAGAAUGACACUCCAACAAAACAAGAUUGGUGGAGGUUCAUUAUUUUUAGUUUUGCAACACUCAUAAUGAUUGUUGUGGCGGUCUUCAUAUGUAAGAGAACUAAAGGGAGCAAAAGCCAGAUGGACGACAAUGCUGUGCAUCAUGAAGAUGAAGAUGAGGGUACAGUGACCUAUGAAAGCAUUGGAGAACCUUCUGCUUCUGUCAGACUCCACUGAUUUACAACUUCAACAUCCACUCCAAAAAAAUUAAAAAAAUUUAAGAUCAUAGUUGCACAAUUGCAUUUGCAACUCAACUCACUCAGAACUCCUCCUCGUCUUGUCAGGCUGCUUAAACUUCAUUGCAACAAAAUAAAGUA